UGGAACACAUCGGCUCUAGGAACUCUGGAGCUGGGCGACGCGGUCCGCCCGAGCCCUUCCUCAGUUGCGCCAACCUCGGAAGCAGAGCGUCGGAGGGAGCUUACCGCGGGUCACGCAUGUCCGGGCGCCGAGCCUGCGGCAGUUUCUUCAGGCUGGCGGGCGAGUGGGGAAGCUUCUCAGGCAGGGCAGCCACAUCUGAGGAGCCAGAGCCUGUGACCUUCUGCAUCUCCAUCCGGCUGAGGCCAGCCACCAUCCUCAGCAGCUGACAUCACGAGAAAGAUUUGGGGACCUUGGGGAAGUACCCAAGGGAUCCUUUCCCUGAGAUGUGGGACAUGGGGGCAGAAUGCUGAGGGCCCUCCUAUCUGGCCUGGGGUGGAGGGGAGGCAUUUGGGGCUGCACCUUCAGCUCACGGCAACCCCAUCUGCCUCCGGCUCGGUUGUUGAGUGCCACAGAACUGGUCAGCCACUGGACAGUAGUCUUUGAGAAAAGGGGCAUCCCUGAGGCCCGGGAAUCCAGUGAGUACAUCGUGGCUCAUGUCCUGGGAGCCAAAACAUUUCAGAGCCUGAGGCCAGGACUUUGGACCCAGCCCCUGACCCCUUGGCAGUUACAGUAUGUCCAGGAGCUGAGUAGCUACCGAUUGCAAAGGAUGCCUGUGCAGUACAUCCUUGGUGAGUGGGACUUUCAGGGCCUCAGUCUGAAGAUGGCACCCCCAGUGUUUAUCCCUCGGCCAGAAACGGAGGAGCUGGUUGAAUGGGUGCUGGAGGAGGUGACCCAAGGGCCCCGUGUGGUGGGAGCUCAAGGUGGCCCACUCAUCCUGGAGGUGGGCUGUGGAUCAGGAGCCAUUUCCCUCAGCCUGCUGAGCAAGCUCCCCCAGAGCCGAGUCAUUGCUGUGGACAAGGGAGAAGCCGCCAUCUGCCUGGCCCAUGAGAAUGCUCAGAGGCUUCGGUUGCAGGACAGGAUUCGGAUCAUCCCCUUCGAUGUGACCUUAGAUGGGAGCUGGGCACAUCUUCUACCCUGGGGCCCUGUGGACCUGGUCGUCAGCAACCCUCCCUACGUCUUCCACCGGGACAUGGAGAAGCUGGCCCCUGAGAUCCUCAGCUAUGAAGAUCCACUAGCCCUGGACGGUGGGGAGGAGGGCAUGGACAUCAUUACCCACAUCCUGGCCCUGGCACCUCGGCUCCUGAAGGACUCUGGAAGCAUCUUCUUGGAAGUGGACCCAAGACAUCCAGAGCUCGUCGGCAGCUGGCUUCAGAGCCAGCCUGACCUGUCCCUCAAUCUUGUGGCUGUGCGCAGGGACUUCUGUGGGAGCCCUCCUGCCCAGAGCCCUAGAGCUGUAGAGUUUGUUCUUUCAAACCAAGUUUCACGUGGAACUCAACUAUGUAGUUUUUAAAAGAUAAAAGCAUCAUUUUAAACAUAAAUGUAUUUUAUAAGUUCAAAUUCUCAACACUUUCUUAGCAUUAAGUCCAUCAAGGUGAACAGCGAUGAGCACUGACGUUUGAACUGGGGGCUAGGAUGGGAGUUGUAGUCUUAUGUCAGCCUCAGCGUUCAGUGUCUUUUCAGUGUUUGGUUUUGGUGGCACAGGACCAAAUGACCCCACCAAGUGAUUCUCACAGAUAAGUGGUUACAAAUGGUAGCAUGUUUCUGAAGGGCCCCUUGCAGUCUCUUUCAUUUGCAGGGGCAGCAGGAGAAGGCUCAUGUCCAGCUCAGCCCAAACCUGGGUCUCUGGACACAUGGGUAGGAUUCUAACGUAUCAUAGUUUGGUGUUGUGCCCAUUUGAGUGUGUGUGUGCUUUUUAAAACUGGGCUUUUUCCAAUAGUUAAAAAUAUGAACGAAAGAGGGAAAGAGGGGGAAAAAAAGGAAAGGAGGACGGGAAGGGAGGGCAAGGAGAAAGAAGGAACUCACGUGGGGCAUCUGAGGAUGCCUUCACUCAGGUUCUUGGUGAGGGCAGCCUCUGUCUCUCCUGGGAAGCCCACCCUGACUGCUCCACCCCUACCUGUCCAGGAGGUUCCAGUGCCUCCUCUCAUUCAGCAUCUGUCUCAGCAAGUGAAUCUGGGGCACAUACUUCUGAAAAGUCUCAGGAGUCCACGACUCCCUCCUGGCUCUGGUGUGGACUUUCCACUCAGUCCCUGGUUCUGGGGCAGGGAAGAAUGUCCCAAGGAGGGGACAGGGACUAGGGGCUUCCCCAGGCCCUAUGUGGGAUCUCCAGGGGUGGGAGGACUGGGGAACCCAGUGCCCCUGAGAGCCUGGGGUUUCUGUACCUUCAUUUCUGGGAACUUGCUAUACUUUAGGAAGAGAGAAAUGAGAAGCAAAACCCUAGGGCCCCAGCACCACCAACCCCCCUUCCUGUCUUCCUUCCGCUGAGUCAUAGCCAAGAGCACAGCACCUCUGCCUCCUUUGGGGCCAUCUGGGUGGGGUGGAAUUCAAAGUCGUGUGAGGACACAGCAUCUGGACAAGUCCUCUUUUCCUGCCAAUAUCUGUGAGGGACCCAGACUUGCUGAGGCCUGAAGCUACCUCCCAAGUUUGGAGAAUGGGUGACUGAGGUCCUUAGUGUCCUGUCUCUCCCCCAUCCCCAGCCCCACUGUUCACCUGCAAGCACUGAGCACCAACUGUAAGCCAGGUAGGGUGGUUCAGAUGGGGCCCUGUCCUUGAGGAACUCAUGGAUUUGGACAUGGAUGAAUCCUGACAGGCCCCUCAUGACUGGCUGGGUCCUUAGGCUUGCUCUGGUCAGCAGUAGGGAGGCAGGCCACAUCACACAUGCCCAUCAUAGAGACCUGCACACCCCUACACAGGUACCCAUAGAUAUGUGCAUGUGCACAGGUGUGGGACUUGAGCAUGUGGGUCCAUGUCCAUGAUGACAGGUGUGUCCACGCAGGGCUUCCAUUGGAUGGGGGAGCUCCAGGCUCUGGGAACCAGUUCAGGACCUUGUGUGUGUGGCCUCUGUGAGAGGCCCCAGGUUGCUGAGGGCCGAGGCUGCCUUCCAUACUUGGAGAAGGGGCGACUGAGGUUCUUAUGAGGUAUCACCCUGUCUUGGAGGCCCAGCUACUGUCUCUGAGUUAUGGGAGCCCAUGGGAGCUUGAGUACCGUGCCCCCAUUUCAUGGAAAAGAAACCUGAAGCCCAGAGAGGGCCCAUGACUUGCCCAGGGUAGCACAGCAAGUUAGGGGAGAUCUGGGAGGGGAAUGGGCCAGACCUGGGCACCUGUCCACAUCCCUGACCUUUCUGGCCUGGCAUUUGGGGCUUGGCAAUCCCUGAUGACCACACUGCAUCAAACUCUGGGUUGAUUCUCCCAGAAAACCCACCUAGGGACCAACCACAGGGUCCUCCCAAGCCUUGCCAUUCCUAGGAAUUUCCCCCACACUACACCUUUGCUUGGGCUGUCCUAGCUGCCUGGAAUGCCCUCUCUCAAUCAAUCUCUGUCUAUCUCUCUCUGAUUCUGCAAAUAAAAUCCAAACUUCCAAAUUCUGUUUAAAUGGUUUCUAUACCUUCUUUGACCCCCUGGAACUUUCCCCUGCCUCUAGCCUCCCUCAGCCUCUGUCCCCCUCACUCCCACCCAUUUUGCACCCACCUACUAAACAUAAAAUUGACCCCUAGAGCCCUAGGCUGGGUGUGAAGGGUCCUUUGAGGCUGAGACAGUGAAAGCCACACUCAGGCCAGCCCAGCCCUCCAGACUUUGCCAGGCACUGGGGUGGGCCCUGGAGCUAGGAGAGGAAACCGCACCUCUGCUAGGGCUCACCAUCUGCCCCCAACUCUGCUCCUUCCCUGAAGGCCCAGAAGCCUAGAGCACUGUACUCUAGGCAAGAUUGAUCCCUUGGAGUUUACCAUUCCAGCUUUUGUUUAUUCCCCCACACCCUGAGUACCCCUCAACUGGGGGCUAGGCCUGUGUUUGGUGGGUUGGAGGGUGGGGGUUGAACAAAGAGUAGAGAAGCUUCAGAUUUGUUGGGUGCCGCCCUUUCAUUAAAUGGCCCUGGACAGAGCUGUCUGCUCCUUUCCAGAGUUCUUCCCUUCCACUUGGUCUCAGGAGGUGGGCAGGGAGUCUGCCUUUGCCCCAUGAGGCAGUGAGCCCCAUCACUGCCUGGCUAUCCCCUCACUCCCCUACACCCCUAACUGGGAGCCUAAGAUUAAUUGUCAGGCCUACCCUUGGUGCUAGAGUAUGAAGGAAAAAUUGACAGACACUGCCCAUAAGGAGUUCAUAGCCUAGUGGAGGACAGAGGCAAGUAAACAGGUCCUUAUCCUUGGCCCAUGUGGCAUGCAUUUGAUCACUGCUCGGCACUGUGCCAGGCACUGGCCGUGGGCGGUAUUCAGAUAAGGCCCCGCUUGCAUGGGGCAUAUCCCUUCCCACUCAGGUUUCCACACAGCAGUUACAGUGCUCAGCUUGAGGCUUUCUCUAUGGCAAAGGCCAGCUUGGUAGGUGAAAUAGGCAGGGAGUUCACCCCCUGGAGCAGCCCUAAGCCAGUGAAUAGUGGGAGUUGGUGGAUACACAUGCCAGCUUCCUUACCUCUCGGGUAGGACAACCCUGAUGUGCGUUCUACACUAUCUCUCAACCGAGGACUGACCUCAGUUGCCCACAGAGAGAGCACACUCAUUAACACACCUGCUUCGGCUUCCUUU